AUGAGCAUGUCCAGCUCGAAACAAGCUGAUGCAGUGACUCUACAGCCUGACACACAGGAUGCAGAUUGCCAAGAGACACUUGUAAGCUGUCGGAUUAAAUCUCAGAUAUGGAAUUGCCAGGAAAGUGCAGCAAAAAGCGCCUUCAAGGACGAGAAAAAGGUCAGAAACGCUGCAGAGGACAAGCAGCAUUUACAGACUGAUGCAGUUGAGCCAGAGCAGGAGAAGGACGUAGAGAUGGAGCAGGAAAAAGCGCAGAGCAUACGAAGAGACGAUGAAGAGUAUAAUGUCAAUUUUAGCAGCGUGUCACCCCACGACAGCAACUUUGACUUGUUGCAGAUGAACACCGACUCGGAUUUCUCAGUGCCAAUGUCUUCACCUCAUUGCCGAGACUUUGUUCGUUCAUUCGACACGAGACUGAUGUCAGGGCCGUUAGCGUCACCCUCUUUGUCGUCAUGUGGGUCUUCUGCGCUCUGUUCUCCGUCCCGGUUCUUUAAGUCUCCCUUGAGAACGAGUAUUCAGACUUUGAAGACACCGCCGUGCCGAGAACUUACGCCCAUACGGCUGGCAACGCCGAAAAGGUUGUCGGAUACCAUCGACUUGCUUUGUCAGCAGGAAGAGAAGAAGACCAGACCAACUACGAGCGAGGAUGGAAUGGUGGCUGCUGCGACGCUUGUCGAUAUCGAACUAAAACAGGGCAAUCCACGCGAGAACGUUAUGUCUACGAGGGCUCGACUGAGAAAGGAAUCAACUGUGGCCGCACCUCCGCGCACUCCAACGCUGUCAGCAAAACAACAGCUGCUCUCUUGUUGCCAAAAGGGCGUCGUUGAUCGAACGAAGGAUGUCAAGGAGCGAGAGAUCGCUAGGGACGUUCCAAAAACACCUGCUAGAACCAGUAGUAAGGCAUACACUUCUGCCUUGAUUCUCGAUGCCGAUGAUGUCCAAUGUGUUCCCAGCGAAUUGAUGACUAGUUCAAGCGAGAAUGACUCGUUUUUUUCGUUUGUAAGUUUGCUAUCCCCACUCAUGCCCGCUGACGAGUUCGAGGACAUCCUGAUGCCAGCGAAACUUUCACCGCUUGUACCGCUCUCUUACGACCUGCCAAGACCACUUUCGCCAUAUCCCAAACAGGAACCAAGUGAUGAUCGAGGCUUAAGCUCAACAACUCACGCAUACAAUGGCACGACUUCAAUCAUCCAGACGCCAAAGAAGAAGUCGAGCCGGAAGCGAAGACAUUCAUCGACUCAAUCAUUGGCUGGAGGCGGCAUCUGCGUUCACGGAUCUGCAUCCAGAUUAAUUUCCCCAAGAUUCUUCACCGAGCCGUUCCCAAACAUUCAAGCUUUCACAAACGCAACACCAGGACAAGACGAGCGGUCAAAGCUGGGGAGUCAUAGCGUCAUGAAGAUAAAGCUCCACACGUCGUUUGGAUCCUUUUCAUCUAUGCUAGACUCGCACCCCACGCGCAAGAUUCAGACCAUCAACAAUAGCUUGAAACGGAAUAAGUACAUUCGCCGACGCAAAGGUCAGGAAGAACGUCUACAAACAUCGUUUUCCAGCAACGUUCAGCGUAAAUUGUUGCAAACCCCGGUAAAGUCGUCUGACUCUCCGCGCACUAUUGCCCGAUCCCCACUACAUCCGUGGAACGGACAAACAUCACAAGCUAGCGUCUUGAAGGCUCACACACCUCAAAAGUCAGGCGCGAUCCAGCAAACGACUAAGGUCGCUGCAGAUGAGGCACUUGCGUAUUCACCCGUAGCGCGCAGGCAAAUUUCAGCAACGGACCCAGUACCAGCGCCAGUCACACCUGUCGGCAACAAGAAAAAGCGAAAAACGUCGCAGUGUGUCUCAAUGCCCUCUUCGGUUGCAAAUAUCGUAGGAGUGAAGAUGCGAAAGUCGGUUUUGAAUGUUCGCGAGGCAGCAGUACUAGCAGCAACACCGACGAAGCAAAUCAAACAAGAGGUGACAACAUCUCCAGGCAAGCACAACAUGCUAACACCGCGAACGAUGAUAGCUUGCGAUACAAAUGACAUGGCUUCGUUCGAAAGCAGUGUGCUGCAAACACCAGCACACGUCGGAUUGUUCACUUCGCUCACGACGUCAUUGCAGUCAACAUCCAAAGCUGUACUAGGUGCUCCAUCCAUGGUGAUGCCAUCACAGGUGUCCAAGAAGGCCUCGUGCAACUGCAAGAAGUCCAAGUGUCUGAAACUGUACUGCGAAUGCUUUCGCCUUGGAGAAUAUUGCGACGAAAGCUGCAAUUGUCACGAUUGUGCCAACACUACCAAGACAGAGGCGGUGCGGCAGCAAGCUAUUGCAUCGCGGUUGGAAAAGAAUCCAAACGCGUUCAAGCCAAAGAUCGGCGCUACACCUGCCGCAGUAACAUCGACGUCGGAGAAUGCUCAUCGCUUGUCGGUUGGUACAUCUAGCAGUAGCCAUGUUUCCAUCGGCUCCUUAAUGUCGCCACCUGGUCAGACGAGCUUUCAACAGCAGCAGCGGAUUUUAGGUGCGGGCGUAGCGACCAUAAAGAUGCACAAGCAUGGAUGUCAUUGCAAAAAGUCAGCUUGUCAGAAGAAGUACUGCGAAUGCUUUCAGGCGGGAGUGCGCUGUGGCGACAACUGCCGAUGCAUCGAGUGUAAGAACCAGAUAUCGUGCGUAGCGCAUGGAAACGGCGUUGCAAUAGCGGAAUCAGCAUUGGGCGGUGCCCCGACGCGCAUUGCAAACGAGCUCGACGAGACCUUUGUAUCGCCAGUUCUUCAGGGCGUUAGACAGCGGAUGCGCAUUGACCGCGAAACUUGGAGGGAGAACUUCUCGUCGCCAUUCAAGUCCUCUCCAAAACGAAAACGAGAUCGAACAGAGUGGUCGCAGUCGAAGCUGCUUGCAUCAAGAAAUGCUGGUGUGACUGGAGCCCGGGUGAGAACAGUACCGUUCGCGUCCGAAUCUACGCCUCCAGUAAAGAGCCAAAGUGGUGCCAGGCAGUCUCGUGGAAUAUUGUCACCGAUUAGAGGACAAUGUGACGAACAGCGAGGUGGCAACAGUAAAGCCACCGACACUCUAAUGUCCCCAAAGGAGCGCGAGCUACAGCAACACCAUUGUGCUGACAGAAUCGACGACAAAACUGUCGGAAAAGCUGCGUUAUCAGCUGUAGUUCGAUCAUCAUCACCCGGAAUCGAACGAGUCUUUGUCCUGCCGCUAUUUGGAUCAAAACUUGUUCCGUUGGAGAACGGCGUGAGUGCAAAAAUCUUUUGCUUCCUCACAAACGCUGACCUGCAUAAUGCAAGCUUGGUGAAUCAUCUCUGGAAUCAAGUUGCUCUUGGUGACACCGUCUGGGACCACGCCAACUAUAUCUCAACGAAAGUAAAUGCUGCAGCCGGGCGAUGUUCACCAAAGAAAACAACUGGAGGCUCUGAUGAUGCUAGAAUCUAA